GUCAGAGGUCACAGGGUCAUUAUUUGUGUCGAUAAACACAACGGAAUUUGUUACACUGUCAUGACUGUGAAAAAGGUUUAUGUAUGAAUUAGUAUAACAAAUAUGUGAUGUUUAGAAGGCAAGUUAAGAAUCUACUGUGCGACUUCUCAAAGUUUUAUAACAAUAUAUUCAUCCGUUGUUUUAUGGAAAUUAAAGUCUACCCAGAAGAUCCGCUAGUGGAUGACAAAAUCAGUAUAACAAUAUCUGGACUAUCACCGCAACAGAAAGUUACAGUUAAAUCAUCAGUUACUGAAGUCAAAUCAACAUUCUCAUCUUCAGCGUGUUUCAUCUCAGAUGCCAGUGGACAUGUCUUCGUUGAUAAACAGUCAUCGAUACUGGGAACCUAUACAGGUGUUGAUGGUAUGGGCUUAUUUUGGAGUUUGACAGCAGAUCCUGACCAGCAAAAAGGUUUGAGGUACCUAAAACGUGACGUAACAACACCCCAAGUUGUCAAUUUAUCUGUUUUCGAAGGUCACCAUUCUUGGAGUGACUGUCACAAUAUAAGCCAAGAACCUUUAGUCUCUUCGGAAGUUCAAAGAUGGUUUUUGCAUAAGACAGUGAAAAGAGAAGUAAUUAGAGAUGGAAUACUCAGGGGAACUAUAUUUACUCCUUCAGGACCAGGUCCAUUCCCUGGAGUUAUUGACAUGUUUGGAACAGCAGGUGGACUGAUAGAGUUCCGUGCAGCCAUAUUGGCAUCCAGGGGAUUUAUUGUGUUUGCAUUGCCGUACUUUCAGUAUGAAGAUUUGCCUAAAAAUAUGACCGAUAUUAAUUUUGAUUACCUCAAGGAGUCAAUUGAUUGGUUUAGUAACCAUUCGGACGUUAUCAAAAAUGGUGUAGGAAUUCUUGGUGUAUCAAAGGGUGCUGAAAUAGCAUUGAUGCUGUCAAUGGAAUGUCGUCAGGUGAAAUCAGUGGUAAACAUUAAUGGAACUCCAUUUUGCUCAUAUUGUCCUCUGGGUCCAUUUACAGACUUUGUUGAGUCAGAUUUUUCAAGAUUUGAAUAUACAGAUGAAGGGGUUCAUAUCUGGGAUGCUUUGAAUUCAAAUUUCAAACCUGACAAUGUUUUAAAGACCUGGGAAUCAGAUGUGCAGAUUUUAUACAUUAUCGGAGAGGAUGACAAGUCAGUAGAUCCAGACUAUGCUAAUGUGGUGUAUAAUUGUUAUCCUGAUGACCAAAAGCAUAAACUGACUAUAAAAAAAUAUCCUAAAGCAGGACAUCUAAUUGAACCAGCCUAUUUACCAGUUUGUAGAGCUUCCUUUCACAAAGUUUUUGGUAUAGUGUUUGUAUGGGGAGGGAUAAAGGAAGAUCAUGCUAGAGCACAAGAAGAUUCCUGGAAAUCUAUCUUGAAAUUCUUCAAAAGUACAUUGUUAAAUAACAAAACAGGGAAUAAUUUGUCAAGUCAGCUGUGACACACAGACCUAAAUGACUAAUAUAUAGUAUUUAUAUAGAAAUAAAUACUUUUAUCAUCCAGUAUUAUCAUAAGGAGAUUUUGCAAGCAUUUACUUAUAUAAAAUUGCAUACUAGUAAAUGAAUAUAGUAAUCACAUAUUAUUUUUUAUACAUUGUUAUUUGGAACACAACAAAGGUUUAUUGAAGAAUUUCAUAAGAACUACAAGACGGGAGGUACUUGGUGAUAUGUUUGAGGAUAACUAGAUUCCUGACAUAUAAACUGCAGAUUAAAUUUUGCUCACGAGAAUACUCCUGGUAGUUGUUAACAUUCAUACACAGUAUGACUAUUAACUUUAUUGGUACCUAAGAAAUGCGAUUCGGAUUAUCGGGUAGACGAAUUUAUAUGUGUAUGGUAUCAUUCGUAGAACCGUCUGCACACCUUAUAAUACAUAAAACGGAUAACAGAAAUCACCAAAAUUACUGUACAGUACAACAUAACAUUAAGGAUAAGCUAGGCAGAAUACUAACAAACACAUUGAAUAGCUCAAAUGUUCUAUUAAGAAAUCAAUAUAAUCACAGUUUACAUCAAAUGAUUUUAAUGUUAAUCCGGCACUUACCAUGGACUAGAAUAUUGUAUCAAUAAAAAAUAUCAAAUAUCA